AAAUCAGCCGGUUUCCUUAAAAUUCACAAAAAUGACUGAAUUUUGCACUGUUGAGCAGCUAAAAACUCUUCUUUUGAGGUACGACAAAGGAUUUCAAGGCAAAAACAGUGAAUUUCUAUCGGGAAGUAAUUCGUGCCUUCCAAAAUUCAUCAAACACGGAAUUGUUCGCGACUUUGAAGAACCCGAAGAAUCCCAAAAUUCUUCCUCUGAAUCAAUUUCCUGCAACAUUCCCGGAUGCGUGAAUAUCUUCAACAGUGCUCGCGAGUACGAAUCUCAUUACAACUCCGUUCAUCGAUACACUUGCAACACUUGUCACAAGCACUUGCCGUCCCCACAUCUCCUGGAUUUGCACAUCGAAGAGACUCACGACUCAUUUUUCGCCGUAACAGCUGCUCGGAAGCCCAAUUUCGCGUGUUACGUCGAGGAAUGUUGCCACAAAUCCAUCGAUGCAGCUGCGAGACGCGAUCAUUGUAUAAAAGUUCAUAAAUUUCCGCACGAUUUCCGUUUUGAUAAAGUUGUAAAGGCGAAAAAGAAGAAAAAUCUCGAGAUGGAAGUCGAUGUUCAAGACAAAAAUUCGUCGGAAAAAGUGUUUGAAGUGCCAAAAGCGUUUCAUUUCGGUCACAGCAGCGUAAAAGGGUUCAGCAAACCACGAAAACCGAAGAAAAGUAUCCUCGAAGCUGAAAAUCCGAUGACAGAUUUGAUGGAAAGUCUUCCGUAAAUUAGUCAAAAUGGGAUUUAAUAAAUAGAAAUAAAUAAAUUAUC